AUGACGACCACUCUAUCAUUUGCUUUUGGAAAGGAAAACCCUUCAGACAAAUUCAAGUGUAUCAUGGCUCUAAUUAUUGAAUCUCACACUGACACUUCUCAUGACAACAUUGGGAUCCUUGACGUUGAUUCUCUUCACACUGCUAAAGACCUUAAGUCAGAAUGGGACGAUGCGUCAGUGUAUCAGGUAAAAAAUCAUGUUAAUCUUUCCUCUAUUGAUAAUAUCGAAAAAGAUGACAUGAUCGAUCUCUUACAUUUUGAAGAGUGGAUAUUCGAAGCUUCUCAGCUGAAGGAUUGGAUAGUCGAAGGUUGUAUUGAUAACGACUCGAAUGAGAUAGAACAAUCAAAAUCCGGUUUAUUACCUGCUAUCAUGUUCGAAGGUUCUCAAAUGGAAUCAAGGUUCAAAGUCUCAUCUAAAUUGGUUGUGGCACAAAAGGCAUCGUUGUUUCUUCAUCGUUGUUUCUUCUCUCGUGCUUACAGUCCUUCAGAACCUAUUCUUGAGCACUUGUCAAAUGACGUUCAUCUUGUUGUUCCUAAUGUUGAUCAGUUAAUCAGUUCUCAACCUAUCUCUGAAGAUCAGCUUGUUGUUCCUAAAGAAGCUAAAUCAUCAAACCAGGAAUUCUCUACCCAUAGCAAUACAAAUGAAAGUUCUAAUCCAAUAAUCCUUUGA